AUGCAUGAGUACAUGGAACAAGUCGGCAUCGCUUUGGACUGGGCAUUUCCCCCAGGCGUCGCAGUAAUGGCCACGCCCAGCUUCUUUAUUUCGCAACCUAUGCAGGCAUACAAUAUGCUGAAAUGGAUUUGGCAAAACUUUUCGUCCGAGGCUCCAGUAUAUCGGCAUGGGAAGCUGGUUGUUUGCCAUGACUUGGACAAAUGGCUACUGUCCUUAACGUUCGAGAAGAGCGAGGCCACUCUUGAUGUGCGCGAGUCCAAGCAAAUUUUUGACACUCGCAUGAAAACUGUCAUGUUGAUGAGAAAGCUAUUGGAGCAAGAUCUCGAGGAUGUAACGUCUCCAGUUGUAUUCGCACCAGUUUAUAUUGAUGGGAACGAUGAGCAAAGUCUUGUCAAUUGGUUCGGGUGGUGGAGUAUCUCUCAGGUCGACAAGUUUCGAAAAUUCAGUGUCAUCUGCUCCGAUAACGACGACGACAAAAGGCUAUCGAGAUACAUCAAACGGUCUGCCUUGCGGGAACUCUUCUCUAAUGUCUGUGGCCUUGAGGGCACAGCGGUGGAUGCAGAACGCGUGAGCUUUAAGCUGGUUCAUGACGAUACGCCACAGUGUCUCAGUACAUUUAUUAGAGGUGUGAGCAACGACGCGCAUGCAAGUUGGUGGAACCCUCUCGUAAUUUGCCCAUGGCCAGUCAAUCAGCACGAGGGCAAGUCGCGAUAUGGUGACGCCAGUCAAUGGGUGAACUUUUUCGCAGAACAAUACAUUGUUCGAGCGAUAAGCGGAAAAACUUCACCUGGGAGAAAGAAUACUCAGCUUGGAUUUUUCUACACUGCAGAAGAUGCGCAGACGCCGACUGAUCUACGCUAUGGACAGUCUGCACAUCCUUGGGUGGCUCUCGUACGACCUAUGGAGCUGCAUCGAAAACCGUGGAAACACUCCGAGCUACUAAUCUGGGACUGUCGUCUUCGAGACGUGGCGCGGCAGUCUCAGACAAUGUCCGAGUCGGAUUUGUCGCCCGCACAGCGGGACCUUAUCGCUGAAGUAACCAGACAGUACGCCAGGAUCAAUCUUCCUUUGGGCAAGGUUUGGGCCGGUGGCUUCAAGGCAUCCAAGGCAUACUCGUGCUCACUUGACAUUACCCUCGACUGGAUGAAGGCAGUGGUAGUCAACGUUAAGAACUGGCUUCCUCUCAGCCACGAAGAUUUGUUAAAUCGUAGGUGGACCUUGGUCCGCAGCCGCAGCCGCAGCUCGCCGUCCAUGUCGCCCUCUCCAACAGCAGCACCAUCCGGCAGCGCAGAUCCGAAUGAGUAUGAGGCCCCAGAGGAGGCGCAACGCAUCUUGUUCAACCCGCCAAACUCAAGCUCUGGCAGCCCCCGGUCAUGUCAGAAUAGGCUCUACCAGUGGGCAAUGGCUUCGCGGGUCGCAAAGGAGUCAGAGUAUACAUAUGUGCCGACAUUGGAGUGGUACAGGGAGCAACAGGAAUCAGGUCGGGGAUUUGAGCAUGUUCGCGUAUGGUCGUGGAAGGCAUUUUUUGAACAUUAUAAGAUUGAUGACCCAGAGAAGUAG